CGUGUAACUUUGACCAAAGUGCAGCACGUCGGGCUCCAAAUAAGUAAAGAUUACAACGGCUUUACCUUUAUACCAGUAAUGUGAGGGUAGAAACCCGUUAGGUCUUGAUGUGGGUCUUUAAAGAGUGUAACUCAGCGUCCUACAGUAAAAAACUACAGGAAAUCACCGCGUAGCUUUAGCAUGAAAGCUGUAGUUCUAGCAGCAGGAUAUGGAACAAGACUGCAGAGGGGCAUCGAGAAUGACCCAACUGGAGAGUUUAAGCAUCUGGGGGGCAUUGCUAAGCCUCUGCUGCCCAUUGGCGGUCGUGUCCUCCUCUCCCACUGGCUCCGGGCUCUCACUCACACUGCAUGUGUCGACACGGUGGUGGUGGUCACUAACGCCCUUCACCACGAAGCUUUCCAGAAAUGGGCCGAGGAGUUCCCCAAUGUGAAAAUACUGAAUGAUGGGACAAGGAAGAACGAGGAGCGGCUUGGUGCGGUUGCUUGCCUUCAGCUGGCAGUCAAGCAUUUUGGAUUGGAUGAUCAUAUCAUAGUGAUUGGAGGUGACACAUUGUUCAAAGAGGAUUUCAGCCUGAGGGCUUUUACAGAACGCUUUGCUGAGGUGCAGAAGAAGGAUAAAGACAGCAGCUUGGUGUUGUCAUAUCAGUGCAGGGAUGAGGAAACAUCAAAGUACGGCAUCCUGGAGGUGGAUUCAGACCUCAGAGUGCAGUGUAUGAAAGAGAAACCCUUUCCAACAGAGACAAACUCACGCAGUGCUUGUCCCUGUUUCUACUUGUUUUCAAGAACAACGCUUCCUCUCUUGGAUGCCUUCCUGAAGGAGAAGGAGGAAGGGCCAAUUGAAGAAAGGGAUGCCCCAGGAACAUUUCUGUCAUGGCUCUUAUUAAGGAGGCCUGUGUAUGUCUACAGGAUCUCAGGACGUUUUGAUGUGGGAAAUCUUCCAUCUUACAUAGAAUGUGACAAAUACUUCAAAGAGCAACUUACAAAUCCAGAUAUUUAUUUAAUAUAGGAUUUAUUUGGGUCAAAACAUGUUGGAAAAUUUGUUUUUCAAUUUUUCAAUCAAGCAUGGUUGAACAUGAUUUAAAAGAUUUAUUAAUUAAAAUUCUUGAAAACUGGGAAAAAAUGAUAACAGACUAAUCUUUGUGUAAUAAACAUUUUAAAUAGCUUGUA